AUGGCGGCCUCCAUGGAGACAGCAGCCGGCAUGAGCAAUAUGCUGCGAUUUAUGAAAUUUAUCGGACAGCUCAAAAGGGUCCCGAGGACCGGCUGGGUGUACAGGAAUGUGAAGAAACCAGAGAGCGUUUCAGACCACAUGUACCGCAUGGCCAUGAUGUCUCUGACCAUCACUGACCCCACUGUGGACAAGGACAGAUGUAUAAAGCUGGCUCUGGUUCAUGACAUGGCAGAGUGUAUUGUGGGAGAUAUCGCUCCAUCAGACAACAUCAGUAAAGCAGAGAAACACAGGCGAGAGGAGGAGGCGAUGAGACAUCUGACAGGUCUUCUGCCGGAGGGACUCAAACAGGAGAUUUAUGGACUGUGGGAGGAAUAUGAAACCCAGAGAAGUCCGGAGGCCAGGCUGGUGAAGCAGUUCGACCUGCUGGAGAUGAUACUGCAGGCUCAUGAAUACGAGGAGCUGGAGGGAACGCCGGGAAGACUGCAGGAGUUCUUUGACUCCACUGACGGUCGUUUCCACCACCCAGACGUGCUGCAGCUCAUCAGCUCUUUGAAUGAAGAGAGACGAUGUCACGUGACCAAAACGGACGAAGCAAAGAGCUCACAGACGGCCGGCGCUGAGUCUUCACAGCCACGCACGACUUCAGACACCUCCCCCUGACUGGGACGCAUACAGAGACGCUGGACCGUUACACAAAGUGCGUGUGAAUGAGGGCGCGCAAUCACGCCACAUAUCAGGCGUGUGAACGAGCGAGCGAGUGAGUGUGGAAAACAGGGUCUGCUACAUCUGCUCAUUCUUGAGACAUUUGUACAGUAGAACUGAGGAUGGUGGCACAAGGAGAUCUUCCAUGAACAUGCAGCUUGUAUGUCAGUGUAUCUACAACUAUCUCUAUCUAUGUAUAAUAGAUACACUCUGACAAGUACUAAUGCAAAACCUGCCACAUAGAAUACAAAUGCAGUAACUGACCAAAAUAUUAUUAAAAGUCCCUAUAAAUGGGUUUAGCAUUUAAUGAACCCUAAAGAAAUUCACAGAUAUGUUCUUAUGUCACCACACGAGUUGCAGAUUUCACUAACUGUUCAUUGAACUGCAAGUGUCAACCAAAACUCUUCAGCUAUGCUAACUUUACAUCUCAGUACAUUUUCACAUAUUAUUUUUAUAUAUCGAUGCAUCUGGCCAAUAUUGCAUAAAUGGUGCUGCACCAUCAGAAAUGGAUUUUCUUUCUGUACAAUAUGCAGAAUAUGUUGGUAAUAUACAUUAAUGUUCUGAUGGUUACAGCAGCACACUCAGGAAUUCACUGCUGACGAAUGAGAAAACAGUAUUCAGAUGUUACUUUCUGUACGUUGCAUAGAGGUUCACACACACAUUGUUACAUUUAUUCGUUUGUUUGGUUGUUUUAUCUCACUUUCAACAGGUUCAGUCACAGCUUUCAGUGUUUUAUUGUAAAAUCGUCUGUGAUAUUUAGUUUGGUUAAUGUCGACACAUCAGGAAAGAAAAGUUAUUUAUAAUUGUGUGUAAUUAGUAGUGUGAAUACAGAGGAAUCUGCUGUUUCAUUUGAAUGCCACAGUUAUGUCUUUGGGCGUUAUCUUCGAGAAUUUUGUAAAAAAAAAAAAAAAUAGAAAGAAAAACUUCUUUUAACUGGCGCAGAGUUCAAUUUGAUUUUAGCCCAAACCACAAUAUACAGAUGUAAAAUGUAUACUGUAACUAAUUUUCCAAUGACAGAACAUGCAUUACCUCAGUUAUGUGGUAAUAGGUCAGAGCUGGCAACUUUUCCUUGCUACAAAAGAUCUUUCAUUACUUGAUUUAUGGCGUGAUAACAUGUAUUUAAUAAAUACAUUUCACGGACAGACUGAACUAAACAUGAAAUUAUCUGGAGGCGUCGUCUCAAACCACAGCAAAGUAAAUCACAUGAAAAGCAAAACAGAUUAGAUAUUGAAAACAGAACGGUGCUUUGAUGGCAGUGGCCACUGAGACCACGCUUGGAAAGUUAAAAAGAAAGCAUAUAAUCUGAUUUUUAAUGUUUUGUGGCACCAACCUUUUCACGGAUAAGUAGUAAAAAGUCCAAACUUUCUUCAGCAUUAAACAGGUUAGUUCUGCAAAAGGAAGUUAAAAAUCAGAUCAGUAAGCAACAGCGUGUCUUGGA